AUUAUACCUAGUGAAUACCUCAUCAUUAGCAGCUGAAGUACCAAUGCCUGGUAUGGCUAUAUAUGGCAUUGGUAAAAGAAGUCGUGAUUAUGUAUUACGAUUGUUAGCCUCUGAAGCAAGUGGUAAUGGUGGUGAUGAUGAUGGAAUAGAGGAUGAUGAUGAUGAUGAUAAUGGUAAACAUAAUAAACAUCAUCAUCACUUCCUCAAUUGGUCUCCUGGUCCUAUGUAUUCCCCUAUGUCCGAUGCCAUCUUUAAUAAUUGUAGUCAUCCCAGAGCACUAGAAUCAUUCGAUUCUAGUCAUACCACAAUGGUAAAGGAACAUCAUCAUGGUCAUCAUGUCUCUGUGGAAGUACCCAUCAAUAACAACAACAACAAGGAUAUGGAGGAGGAUGAGGAUGAGGAUGAGGAUGGGGAGGAUGCUAAUUAGACAGAAGCCCAAGAUAUCACCGUCUUUCGUCGAUCCAAUGAUAUCAGCAAGUAAAUGUAUUAGAUGUUUGAUAGAUGGUAAUUAUGUAAAUGGCGAUAACCAUGUUGACUAUUAUGAUGUUUAUUUAACUAAUGAUGAUAAAGACAACCGUAUUAAUAAUAACAACAAC